AUGACACACAAAGAACUCCAUAUAAGGAUUGGAAUUUCUAUCGGAAAUCGAGAGACGAAAUCCUUUGUCUGCACUCAAGUCACCAGAAGAUCCAGUGAUGGCAUUGGCGUUGUAGUGCUGAUGAGCCUUGAGGUGGUGGACAGUCGUGAGCACCGGCUGUUUGUGAGCUCCGGUUCAUGCGGUGGUCUAAUAGUGAUGUAUUCGUCUGAGGCUCCGGUGGACGAUAGCCCGACGAGAGGACUGUCCGGUCAGACUGUCCGUCCGCUCCCUGUCCACCAUCAUUGGGCUCUCAGUCAAUGCCUGCCUUUCAUACGACUUCCCCCUCACAUCACUUAUGGCGACGACUUCUCGCAUUUGGUGGUCAACGCUGACAAUACUGGUCGGACGGCUGGUCCUCAACCCAACUCUCAACUCAUUACGCCUUUCCUCUCACUCAAUGACACAAACAAUGGGAUGCAUUGA